UUCCAGAGCAGAGCAGAGGAGAGGAGAGGACACAAGCCAAGCAUGCCAUGCCUGCCUGCUGCACCUAGGCCCAACUAGGCACCUAGGCUUCAAGGCCCACCAUAACUUUAGCCAGAGCCCAUCUAUGUAUGGAUGCAAAAGCACCAGCUCGGCCCACUCAAGUCAGCCCCUCCAACCCACCGACUCGGGGCGGAGCGUGGUGUCUGCGCAGCCACAGGCCGGGCCCGUCCGUCCGUCGCCGCGCCAUCCAUCGAUCGCCGCCGGGUCUCCAAUGGCCGUGCCGGCGGCCGCAGGCCGCCCCCUCCGCCUCGUCGCCGCCCCAGGACACGGACCGCAAGAAGAAGGCACCGUCGGGGUCCGGCCCCCACCGCCUCGCCGCCGUCAUGGACGCCGUCAACGAGCGCAAGCUCCCUCCCGAGCUCCGCGGGCGAGGCAACGCAGUAAGGUCUGAGACCGACAUCGUAAAUGUCGUUGAACAAAGAAUAUGGCACUCAAUGGAAGAAGGGCACUUUGAAAAUCUACCAGGAAAGGGCAAACCCCUGAAUCUCAAUUCCAAUCCUCAUGCUGAUCCUGCUGAAGAUACCCUUUACCGGAUACUUUCAAGGAACGGUUGUGCACCUGAAUGGGUUGAACUUAAUAAGGAAAUCCGUGGCAUGAUUGCUGGCUGGAGGUCAGCAUUAAAGAAGGCUUGGGCAAACCAAUCUGAAGUUGAUGGUUCUAGCUGGAAUGAUGACUGCAGGAUUCUCCAGGAACAAAUUCGCCAGAUAAAUGAUAAGGUGCUACUUGGCACCAGCUCACAUAUCUCUUUUCGUUACUGGAAACACUGAAAUGGAAUGAUAAGGAAACACUGUAGCAUCACUGUAGCAAAUUAUGAAUUAAUAAGCCUCAUUAGAUUCGUCUCGCGAAUUAUCACUCAGCUGUAAAAAAAUAUUUAU